CCUUCGGCGUGAGGCAGAAGAGCCGCCGCCUGGCCCGCCGGAGAGGGAGGCAGACGGACGGACGUUCUGAAUGGUACCGGAAAGAGACAUGCUGGCUUUUGCUUUCACUGCCACCACCUGCUUUGAUGCUGCGAUGCUGCUGUUCUCUGAGCAAGGGGUUUCUGGGUGAGAAGAAAAGGAAGAAAUUUAUAGUUUGUCCUGUUCGUCAAGACCAAAAAAAGGAAAGCUGGUAUCAUACGAAUUCUCCAUCCAGGCAGCUGACUGACUUCGAGGUCUUUUGCUAACGCUUGGUGAUAACCUCUGUUCCUUUCCACCAAAGAAGCCUUCUCUUCUCAUGCAGAGCUGAGACCUUGGAAUGCUUUAUUAUGGCAGCAGCAGUGCAGCAGAAUGACCUGAUGUUUGAGUUUGCCAGUAAUGUCAUGGAGGAUGAGCAGCAGCUGGGUGAUCCAUCUAUCUUCCCUGCUGUAAUUGUGGAGCAUGUACCAAGUGCUGAUUUCGUGAACGAUUACUCAGGCUUAUCAUGUGUUGCUGAACCCAGUGUCAUGAUAACAGAAAAUUCACUGGAUGUUGCAGAAGAAGAAAUCAUAGAAGAUGAUGACAUCACUCUUACAGUUGAAGCAUCCUGUCAUAAUGGAGAUGAAACAAUGCAAACCAUUGAAGCUGCCGAGGCCCUUCUCAAUAUGGAUUCUCCAGAUCCAUUGCUGGAUGAGAAGAGAGCAACGCACAUUUUUGGUGGAGCUGAGGAUGACAUCGACGUUGCUCCUGUUACUCAUGUUUCGGUCACAGUGGAUGGGAUUCCAGAAGUGAUGGAGGUUCACCAAAUCCAAGACACAUACGCUGAAUCACCUAACGCUCUAGUGCUUGAGCAGCCCAAAAAGAAGAAAGGGAAGAAAGCCAAACCGGUCCGUCCAGAGUCCCCUACUCUGACUCCAAACAUAUCGGUGAAGAAGAAAAACAAGGAUGGGAAGGGAAACACCAUUUAUCUCUGGGAAUUCUUACUAGCACUACUUCAGGACAAAGCUACGUGUCCUAAAUACAUUAAAUGGACUCAAAGAGAGAAGGGCAUUUUUAAGCUAGUGGAUUCGAAGGCUGUGUCCAGGUUGUGGGGAAAGCACAAAAACAAACCUGAUAUGAAUUAUGAAACGAUGGGCAGAGCUCUCAGGUAUUAUUAUCAAAGAGGCAUUCUGGCAAAAGUAGAGGGGCAGCGUUUGGUGUACCAAUUUAAGGAUAUGCCAAAAGAUCUUGUCUACAUAGAUGAUGAUGAAUCAAGUUCGAGCAUGGACUCUCCUGAUGCAACUUUACUCGCAGCACCCACAGCCCAUAGAAACCAAGUGGGAAGAUCCAAAGCACCUUCAAACACAGGACCUAGAGGAGGGUCUGCGGCUGCUCUAAAGAUACCAGGGAACUCCAAAUCUACGAAACUUAAGCAGCCGGUGGAAAAUCCUCAACAGCAACUGCCUACUGUGGCAUCCGAAGUUUUGAGGACGAUGCAGUCUGCUCAGUCAAUACAUCCAACACAGCUUUAUCGGACAGUUCAUUUAAUGCAAUCCAUUCCUGAAGGACACUCAACUGUGACCAGUAAUAUGCAGGAUGAGACACUGAAUUCUUCGGCUCAGAACAUAAGGACCAUCCAAGCUCCGGGACAGGUUCCAGUCGUCGUUUCCCCUGGGAACCAACAGCUGCAUACGGUCACCCUCCAGACAGUGCCUCUGACAACGGUGAUCGCCAGUGCAGAUCCAGCAUCUGCAGCCACAUCCCAGAAGUUUAUUCUUCAAGCCAUCCCCACUUCCCAACCCAUGACAGUGCUCAAGGAGAAUGUUAUGCUGCACUCCCCCAAGCCAGUCUCAACGCCACCGUCGUCCAUCGUCUUGAGCCCUGCGCAGGUCCAGCAGGUCCUCGGUAGCAACGUGCAGACAAUUUGCAAUGGGACAGUCACCAUGGCAUCUUCUUCAUCCUUCAGCCCUGCUGCCCCUGUAGUAACUUUUACACCAAGCAGCUCACAAAUGAUUGCUCAGCCACCCAACACAGUGAUCACUUCCGUCAUUAAGGCACCAGAAAAUAAACCGACAAUUAUUCAAGGAGUGAUAAAAUCUGAGGCAAAUGAUGGUACGGUAGAUGAAUCCAAACACUCAGAGCAGAGUUUCCAACAGCAGCCUUUUGUGGUGAUGGUGUCCAGUUCAAACGGAUUUCCCUCCACGGUGCAUAUUAAACAGGAAAGUGAACAGUUGGAACCGAGUCCAUGUGAGUAAACUGGAAGUCAGUGAACUCUGUGGAGCGCAGUUUCCUUAAUGUGAUGGGACUUCUUCAGUUGUGUAUUAUCACUUGAUUCAAAAGUAGGCAUUACAAAGCUUCUUUAAUUUCUGAAGUUAAUUAUAGAAAUAAUACUAUAGAAUUUAUUUCAAUUUUCUGUUUGCUAAAUAAUAUAAUUUCUUUCACAAUGCAAGCAUGAAGGAACAUGCAAUUUCUUUUCUGAUCACUGUCUAGAAAUUCUAAAUUUCUUGCACUUUAUGCAUUAUUUGUCUAUCUUGCAUAAUAAUGUAAUUAUUACUAUAAUCAAUGCUUUCAAGCAACAGUUACUUUUCACAAAAGUGUUUCUUUCAUUCCAUGUAUGUGAUUUUUCUAGCAAAUCCCAAAGAUCUGUCUCACGAUGUUGGACUAAAAGUUUUUCCUUUUAUGUGGAUGGUAAAUAACAGGGCAGGGUCACCUAUACCAGUUCCUAUUGCAUUUUGCACCAAAGAUUACUUACAUACCCGAUAUGUAUUUGUCUGUUUCCUAAUGUGGCUAUAUCAGACACAUCUGAUCACCAAAAUGGAAAUUAUUGCUACAGGUGCAAAUAUUUUAAGACAAUUGUAACAUUGAAGUUUAAACAUUUUUUUGUUUCCCAUUAUUUUGUAAGGGAGUGGGGAAUACGCAACUUGUGCAAGUAUUUUGAGAUUAAAAUGUUUCUAUAAGAGUACUUUUUCUAUUGUAAAUAUGUAAUUUAAUUUCUCAAAGAUGUUUUUCUUAAAAAAUUUCCAUAGAGCAAUAUUUUAUAGAUGCAAUUAAGAUCAUUAUGUUUAGAGCUCUAAUGUUAUAUGUAUUCAUAUAUUACAGAGUGAAUUUGUAUUUAAAGACAAAUUUUUAAAUUGUGGAACCCUUCUGAACUUUGCCUUUUUGUAUUUUAAUUGGUUUAUUAUGAAAAUAAAUCAAGUAUACAACA